GUGGGGUGCGGGCGGGGGGCUGUCAGAUAAUAUGUUCCUCGAAUAGAUGUCGAUGGGAGGAGUUUCGUGCCUCAAGGGGGUAGGUAGACGCGAACACCUUCAGCAUCUUUUCCACGGCGCGCUUUAAUGUGGAAUCAAAGCCUUAUGUCGAAGCGUGGGGACCGGGGAGCAGUCCAGCGCCGACACGGAGCUUUACUCUAAUAUGGGAUUUCACGGCGUGGACGUGGGAGGCAAUGUGAACUUGCACACACUUCUCUGACCUCUUGGGUAGCACACCGAUCAAGCAAGGAAGGCUGAACUCAAACCACCUCUAGAGGGUUUCCGCAUUAUUUACCCUUGAGUGGACUGGAAUGCAAAGAUGCCAGUGCUGGAGAAAGAGACGGCCAGAGACCGAGAAGGCCAAGUGUUGCCAAAGGUCCCUGUGCCCCCACUGAAGCAAACCCUUGACACGUACUUGAAGUGUGUCCAGCACCUUGUGAAGGAGGAGCAGUUUAAGAAAACAAAGGCCAUCGUGGAGAAGUUCGGGGCUCCUGGAGGCGUCGGAGAGGUUCUACAGAAGAAGCUUUUAGAGAGGAGGGACAAGACAACCAACUGGGUCUAUGACUACUGGCUGGAGGACAUGUACUUGAACAACAGGUUGGCCCUACCGGUCAACUCCAGUCCAGUCAUGGUGUUUCCUAAGCAGACGUUCAGAGAUCAGAAAGAUGCCCUCAGAUUUGCAGCUCAAAUCGUCAAAGGAGUGUUGGAGUAUAAGGGACUCAUUGAAGAGCGAGCACUACCGGUGGAUUUCGCUCGAGGCCAGUUAGCUGGAACCCCUCUGUGCAUGGAGCAGUACUACCGCCUCUUCACCUCCUACCGCUACCCGGGGAUAAAGACAGACACGCUGAAGGUCCAGAUGAACGCAGCCUCCUCAGCGCCGGUGCACAUUAUUGUGGCGUGCAAGAGCCAGUUUUUCGUGUUGGAUGUCGUCGCAAAAAGCAAGAGGCUCAACGAGACGGAGAUCUUAUCCCAGCUGGAGAAGAUCAUGAAAAUGGCAGAAAACGCAAACGAAAGACUCCCUCCCGUUGGUAUCCUGACAUCCGAUGGGAGAACAGAUUGGGCACAAGCCAGAGAUGCACUAACAAAAGAUCAAACCAACAGGGACUCUCUGGCCCUGAUCGAGAGCUGUCUGUGUUUGGUGUGUCUGGAUGAACCCAGCGGCCUGAUGCCCAGUGACACCAACAGGGCCCUGCUGAUGCUGCACGGUGGCGGCCGCGAGAAGAACGGGGCAAACCGCUGGUAUGACAAGUCAAUGCAGUUUGUUGUAGGAAUGGACGGGAUAUGUGGAGUCGUGUGCGAGCAUUCGCCAUUCGAGGGGAUAGUUCUGGUGCAGUGCUCUGAGUACCUGAUGAAAUAUAUAAACGCUAGUCCCUCCAAGAUGGCGACGGUUUCCGGCAUCAGAGAGCUGCCCCCUCCGAGAAGACUGCUCUGGAAAUGCAACCCGCACAUCCAGGGGCUCCUGACAGCAUCUGGAGACAGACUCCAGAGGCUGGUGAAUAAUCUUGACAUGGAUGUUUUCAAGUUCAAAGCUUAUGGAAAAGAAUUCAUCAAAAAGCAGAAGAUGAGUCCAGAUGCGUUUAUACAAAUGGCUUUACAACUUGCAUUUUACAAAUGCAACGGACGGCUCGUGUCCACUUAUGAGAGCGCGUCCAUCCGGCGUUUCCAAGAGGGUCGGGUAGAUAACAUUCGCUCUGCCACCCCUGAGGCCCUGGCCUUCGUGAUGUCCAUGACAGACGAGAGGGCCACUUUCAGCGACUCAGAAAAAAUGAAACGAUUGAGGGAUGCAAUUAAUGCCCAGACAAAUUAUACAAUUGCAGCUAUUACAGGAAUGGCAAUAGACAAUCAUUUGCUCGGACUUCUGAGGAUCUCAAAGGAGCUCAACAUGGAGAAGCCCGAGAUGUUCUGUGAUGAAACGUAUCUGGCCAGUAACCAGUUCAUCCUCUCUACCAGUCAGGUUCCGACCACAGUGGAAAUGUUCUGUUGUUACGGCCCGGUGGUACCCAACGGCUAUGGUGCCUGUUACAACCCGCAGUCAGACCACAUCAUCUUCUGUGUGUCUAGUUUCUGGGAGAACACAGAGACGAGUUCGGCCGUUUUCGUCAAAGUCCUGAACGAGGGCUUGCUUGAAAUCAGGGACCUGUGCAAUAGAAGCAGCGCUGCGGCUACCAAAGUGGCUGAUAGCAGCCACGGAGCCGGCCAGCCUCAUACAUCAGGGAACUAAGCCAUACUGAGAAAGCACGCCCACUCAGCUGCUCCUCUCAGCACUCUUAGACUUUAGAUUUUAGCUUUAGACCUAGUAGUCGAGAUACCGUCAUGUGUCUUUGUUGUCUGUGCAAUAGUGUUCCCUUCACAACAAAGUGCAAAGCCUUAAAACUUCAUAUAUAGUGUGUAAAUAUAUAUAUAUAUAUAUAUAAUAUAUAUAUAUAUAUAUAUAAAAAUGUGAACAAAAAGUGGAAAACAAGUUUUCUUUGGAUCCGUGUAGACAGAAUGAUUUCCGCUUGAACCGGCAGACUGACAUUAACCGGUCUGCUGCCUUUGGGAAACUGAAGCCAUGCCUGCUUUGUAGCACUGAUGAGAGGGGAACCUCCUCCAUCAGAGAGUGAAUAAACUGGGUGAUCCCAAUAUAUAUCUCACACACAUAGAGUAGUAAUAUAAUAGAUUUGACUAAAAAAAAUCCAAUAAUGUAUUUAAGUGACUUCUAACAAUCAUAACAUCCUGUAAAUGUGAUCCUGCCAAUCUGUUUCACUCUGUGUCUGCCAUUAUGUUAAAAAAAAAAGAAACUGGAUAAAUGGUACUAUAAGAUUCAUUUUAAUGUUGUAAAGUUUGUUUUUUUUAACUCUUGUAUGUAAAUUGUUUUAUUCUACUGACACCAUGAAGUUGCCAAAGAGGUUGUGCAUAUGUGAAGUCCGUCUGAUGAGGCACAUGAAUGAAUAACUGUAAACGUAGGGGACUGGUUAUAAAUAGCGUGUGUUGAGGGAAAACGUGUGUGAUAUGGUUUCAGUGGCACAUUUGAAGUCAUCUAGUUGUACUGUGUGUAUGUGUUCUAUAUUAUAGCAAUAGUUAAAAGGUGUAAUGACCAAUGCUACUGUAUUACCAAGAUACAGUCCAGUGGUGACUAGGCGAGGCAAACCACUGUGCUCAUGUGUAUAUAAGUGCUUUGUAUCUGCACUUAGAGGUAGAGUGAGGGUAGUGAUGUAUUGUUGUACUGUAGGUACUUUGUGCAAUAACAAAAUAGCAAGUGCAGUAAGGGUAUAUGUGCAAUUUACCGAAUCUGUUCAUUAGACGCAUGGAGCUUACGUACAAUGACAUUAGGCGUAACUAUGGUAGCUAUUUUUGAUAUUCAGAAAAAUUAUAUGGAGUAGCAUUAGAAUGAAUUAUGGCAAUCGACAUCAUGCAUGCCGUUUUGGUGGAAAAUGUCCAUGCAAGGUUACUGUGACUUGGAUUCAUCUGCAAAUUUAUAUUGUGGGUGUUAAAAAAUGUGAGGAUAUUUGUUGUCCUGUGUCCAGGUGACACUUACCAUAUGUUUGUCAUGUAUCUGUGUAUCAUCAGCCAAAGUGAAUGUGAACCAUGUCGAUGGUUAACGUCAAGAAAAGAAACACAUGCAUGUUUAUUCUUAUAGACUAACUGUAUUUUUGUAUGGUUACAUGAAGAGCUUAAAUAACGAUAAAGUAUUAUUAAAGGGUACACAUGAGUAACAAAAAUGCCUUAAAAUAAACUGAUGCAAACUGUUUUCCAUAAUUCCUGACAGAUGUAAUAUUCUAUAAAUGUUUAAUGUUCAUUUGAUCUACUAGGUGUUCGCCGUCCAUUCUGAUUGGUACAUGUAAAAGAAUGUAAUAUUUGUCAUGUGUUACUCAGUGGAUUUUCCCUUUGUCUUGUUCACACAAAGUAACUUGUGGGUAAAUCAGGCUGUUAUAUCUAUUAUACCACAGCAUAGUAAUAAUGUGGGCCGAUAAAUUAAUGUUAUACUCGUCCAUGAUCCACAUCCACAUUUUUGUGAAUGGCAACUAAUGUGUAACAUGUCAUUGACAACGAGAAUAUAGUGUUUUAUUGAGUCAUUUAAUAUCCAAUGAAUGUCCAGUGAAAAUUAAUUUUUUUAAGGUUCCAACAGUAUUUUGCUGAUAGAAGACAUUGCCAGUGUAGAUGGAUGGAAUAAAACUGCUGUGUAGCUAAAGCUGAUAUUCAAUUCCAGAAAUAAAACAAACUUCAAACUAUCA